AUGUCGAGAUCUGGUGUUGCCGUUGCCGAUGAAUCCAUGAAGGCUUUUAACGACCUGAAAUUGGGCAAGAAAUACAAGUUUGUGCUGUACGGCCUUAACGACAGCAAAACCGAGAUUGUUGUGAAGGACACCUCGGAUGCGCAAGACUACGAUUCGUUUUUGGAGAAAUUGCCCGAGGACGACUGUCUGUAUGCCGUUUACGAUUUUGAAUACGAAAUCGGCGGAAACGAGGGAAAGAGAUCCAAGAUCGUGUUCUACACCUGGUCUCCAGACACGGCUCCAGUCAGGGCCAAGAUGGUAUACGCCUCAUCCAAGGAUGCUUUGAGAAGAGCGUUGAACGGAAUCUCCACCGACAUCCAAGGUACCGAUUUCUCGGAAGUCGCCUAUGAAUCCGUUUUGGAGAAGGUCAGCAGAGGUGCUGGUUCUCACUAA